AUGUCUGUACUGUAUUUUGAUACACGGAUUACGAACCGCGCGUUCCAUAAUCUUACAGACGUGAGCUUGACGUUUGCGCAGAUGAAGAUGCUGGCGCUGAACUCCAAGUUCGCGCCGAAGCCUCUGAAGACGAAAGUCGACAGUGCUCUCGCAUCUUGGGAUGACUUCAGCCGUCGUUUACGGCUCCAGUAUCACGCUGGGAAGUACUCCGGUGAAUAUGAUCAGUUCGAUGACCCAAUGCUCGAUCGAGGGCAACCGCGGUACAUCUCGAAAUUUCAUAUUCCCAACCCCAAUGCAUCUGCGCCCGCUUUGAAGUUGCACAAUGAGCUUGCACUUCGAGCUGCUCGAGAUUGUUUAGAACUGCAGGUACUCGGUGCUCAGACCUUGCAUGUUCGCCCCAACCUCAACCACAAGGAGCUUGACAACCUCCUUCGACUUCUUCAGCAGAAACAGCUUCUCGCUGUCCCUGCAGACAAGAAUCUCGGCCUCUGUCUGGUGACAGCGGAGUGGUACCACCAGCAGGCGAUUGAACUGGUGGAUAACCCUUCCUACUCUGAGGAAGAACCGGACCAUGAUGCCCUUCGCUUGACGCUUACCAUCGUCGUGUCGUCGUGUGAUCAUAUGUUGACCCGCCAGCAACUGAAAUGGUUGCUGGCACCGGCGGAAGCCCUGGUCGAUAAGGUCCCGGUUAUGAAGGUUCUACCCAAAAUACACAAGCGGCCUGUACUAGGACGUCCCAUUGUACCAGCUUUUGGCACAUUGCUGGCGAAUGCUUCGUCCUGGGUAGAUUUUCGCCUCAAGCCCCUUCUUGCGCGUUAUGAUUGGAUUCUCCCAGACUCCAAAUCAUUUUGUCGAGAUCUCACUGGUCUCAACAUCCCGCGUGGAUAUGAUAUCUGGCUCGUAUCCGGCGAUGUCGUGGCGAUGUACCCUAACAUUCCGAUUGAGGAUGGGGUAUGUCAGAUCGCAUCCUUGCUGGGGGUUUCCCCGAUGCGCUUCGAAACGCUCGAGGAAGCUGCGGAACUGCCUAUACAUUCGUUGGACGAGCUCACCGUGCUCUUACUUCGUCUCGUUCUGCAGUUUAACUACGUGUCAUUUAAUGGGCGCACCUGGCGGCAGGUCGUGGGGACCGCAAUGGGUACGGCGCUUGCGCCUACUUACGCAAAUCUCUUCUUAGCCAGCUAUGAGGUGCAUGUGCUCCCGGAAUUUCGGCAACACUGCCUGUUCUAUAAGCGCUAUAUCGACGAUGUCUUCGCUGUCGUUCGAGGGCCUUUGAACGUUGUCCGGAAAUUCCAGAAGCACUUCGGGGAGCUACACCCGAAUAUGAGGAUGGAGUGGACGCACUCGCAAGCCACUCUUCCCUUUCUCGAUAUACAUGUUGCUCUUGAGUACCCUCAGAGUGUACCACGUGGGCUCUCCCGAGCUGAAGUGGUUACCCGUGUAUAUCAGAAAGCGAUGAACUCCUACCUCUACAUUCCCUGGCGUUCUUGCCAUUCUGAUGCCUCCAAGAAAUCUUGGGUUAAAGGCGAGCUUGUACGCUAUGUCAGAAUCUCUUCGCGCGAAAUGGACUUUGCGAAGAUCAAGAGCCUGUUUGCCAUGCGUCUUCGGUCACGCGGCUACCCGGGGAAGUGGAUCAAGUCUGUCUUUUCAGAAGUGUCAUACACCGAGAUGCGCCCGCGCGCGCUCCUUCCACGCCCACCUCUUACCGAGGAACAACGUGCGAAUCGGUUGUUUGUUCUGAAACUCACCUGGAAUCCAGUAUGGGAAGCUGUAGACUUCGGCCCCAUCUGGCGCACUCUGCGCGAUGCAUUCGAGGAGACCGGUCUGGCUAGCUCCAGUGAUCGGAUCCUCGCAUCAUUCAAAAAGCCAGAGUGCCUUGGUGACCGGUUGAAUGGAAUCAACCGUAAGACACUUGUAUCCUACCAGGCUCAGGUUGUGUAA